UACAUUGUUACCUUUUGGUGUCUUCACUCCUCUUUAUGCUAGGCUGGUGGUUAGCUUACUUACGUUGCAUGAAUGGUUUCUCUGCUGCAUGUCAUUGAACAUUUGUGUGUCUUCUCUAUUGAGUAUGACCAAAAGAAAACCAUAUGUAGUACUCACUUUGUCCGGAAAUAAGUGACUUGGAUUUGUAAUCCUGACUAUCUUCCGCUUGCUAAUUAUUCUUGACAGUUAGAAUUGGAAAGCAUGCGAGGUCGGCCAGCAAUUUGUGUCAAUUCACAAUGCCAAUGAAAGAUAUGGAGCGGAGGUGUCUCCCCCGCCCGCGGUGACCGCGCGGGCGCCGCCGGCAACCAGGCCUGCCGCCACCACUCCGGCCCCGGAACCCACGGACCAAAUCAGCCCCAGCCACGCUUCCAUUUCCUGGUCCACUCCUCCACGCAUCUCUUGGGCGGACGCUUGCGACGAGGAGGAAGAAGGGGAAUUUGUCCCCGAUUCGUUGCCGCUGCCGACGGGUCCACCGCGCCAGAUCCUGCCAGCGCUGGAGCAGUUCGAGCCGGAUUGCACCCGGAUCUAUCUCCCCCCGCAUCUCCGAACUCCUGCUGCUUCACCCCCAGCCUUCAAUGCACCAACUUUGGGCAGAUCUGCAGUUAUGGCGGAUGUGCUCCCUCCCCCUCCGGCCGGACCCCCCCUUGCAGGCAGCCCCGGCUCUUCAAUGCGGGAAGCUCCGCUGCUCCCGGCGCCCCACCCGUCAGCCGUUGGGUUCUCCCUCCUCCACCGGCUGGGAGUCCGCCUGCAGGUCAGCCCCGCAUUCAUGGCGCUCCGUCCAGCUCACCAACCCGGGCUUCGUGGGAUGAGGAGGAGGGCUGGCAUCUCGUCGGGUCACGUCGCCGCCCGGGACAAGACGUGCCUUCACUCCACCGUGAUGGGCAGCCGCGUCGUAUUGGCUACACGGCCAGACAACGCGUCGACAACCGCGCCUCCUCCCGCAGCGCAAGGGCUCAGGAGCGUUUCCUGGAGUUCAAAAGGAGGACCUGGGGACGCUGUUUUCGCUGCCUUGCGCAUGACCAUCGCUCCUCCAACUGCCGUGAGCCUUUCCGCUGCCUGGAGUGCCUGGGCUGCGGCCACCACGCCCGUGAGUGUCCUCGCCUCCGCUCGCCGCCCACUGCAUCUCCUCCGCGACAGCCGGGACGGUCGGUUUUUGGCUCCCGCUCCUGGGCUGCCGUUGUUGCUGCGCCGGCGGAUGCCCUGCACCAGCCCGCUCCUCCACCCCCUUUGUCUCCGGCGGCCUCAAGUAUGACCAUGCAGGGCUUUGGCGCGCCGAGUACGCGGCCGGAAGAGGACACUUGCGUCAUCCCGUUCUCCUACGACAUCAACCGCGACAUGCGUGAAUGGGAGACCACGGCCGCCAUUGCCUGGUCUUUCAACGCGCCGCGCAAGCUGGACGCUCUCGACGUCGACCGCGCCAUCCGCGUCGAGUUCCACAUCAGCCACGCCGACAUCGUCGUCCCGCCACACCACCCAGAACAGUUUCUGGUGAAAUUCGCCAACAAGGCACAAUGCGACGAGGUCCUUAAGAAGGGCCGGACGACUGCCCGGGGCCUUGCUAUGCGCAUCCGUCCCUACCGGCCGCUGGAGCAUGCUUUUGCCGCUUCCAUGGCUUUCCGCGUGCACCUGUGCUUGGAGAAGGUCCCGGCUUUUCCCUGGAUGCCACGCAUCGUCGAGCGCAUCAUCGGGUGGCACUGCUCCUUCGACCGCCUGGACAGGAAGUCGGCGUUCAUGGAGAAGACCGACACCCUCGACCUCUGGGCAUGGACGACGAACCCCAACCUCAUCCCCAAGGCCGUCGGGGAUUAAGCGUGGCUCUUCCUAUCGUGUCAUCAUACCUUGACACGGUGGAGGACUACACUGCCGCCCCGCUCGAUUGCGGCAACAGCUCCGGCAAGGCGCCGCUGUUCAACCUGCGCGUCACCAACUUCAACUGCACCCUGGGAUACAUCGACGGCGUCUCUCCGACUGCGGCCCAGGUCGCGCCUCCGCCCGCGCUCAGGGAUGACGCCGACUCGCGUGCCCGACGCCGCCGCAGCCGCGGGAAUGACCACCCACGGUCUCUGCCAUGCUGCCGCGACGAUGAGGACGAGGACCAGCAGGGGCGACGCUCGCCACGCCACGGCUCCCAUGACCGUGGCUCUGGCGGCAACCUGCUCGCCUUCCGCCGGGAGCGCAUCCGUUCUCCCCGGCGCCGUGAUGGCAACGACGGCCGCCACGGCCACCACCGAGAUUCCGGUGCGCCGUCCGCUCGGCGUGGGGCGGAUGCUGGGCUGCAGGAGCUCUUCGAUGCCCCGGCUAAGGAGAUCCAAGUGGGCCUUGCGUCCCAUGCCAACCUGUCGCCCGAUCUGCAGGCUGGACGGGCUGAGGAACUUCGGGAGUUGCUGGACCGGGCCCGGUCCUACUUGUCGCGUGCGACGGCUGCGGCUGCUCUGCUGGGCCUUGCGCCUGCCCCCGCGGCUUCCCCUGCUGCUUGGGCCGCGCCCUCCACUUCUACCCCGAGGGUGCCCCCGGCGAAUGAAGCCUGGUUCGACUCUCCUCUGCGAACGGCCGAGGCGCCCAGGGCCGACGCAUCUGGCCUCCCCGUCGCCUUUGCUGGCCUGGAGAUUGCUGCUGUCCCCCUGCCAGCCACGCCGGGGACUGCUUCUGCUGCCACUACGCCAACCUCGCCUGGAGCCGCUUCGUUGCUGCCGAUGUUGGGGGCGCCCUCGCUGGUGCUCUCCACUGUCGAGGCGGCCACUGCUACCACUGUUUCUGCUGCCAACGUCGAGCCUUCCCCUACUGCUUCUUGUGCUGUUGUCUUGCAGGACCCUGGGAUUCAGAGGAACGCUGCUGCUGUGGCUGGGGAGGUGCCGGAUGACUGCACCCUUGCCAAUUUCUUCACCGCCAUCGGCAAACCGCGUCAGCCGGCAAUCCUUCCUCUGCCUACCCUGACAUCGAAGAGGGCGCCGCCCCCUGCACCACCAAGACGCAGCGGGCGCGUCGUUGCAAAGAAGAAGGGCGACGUCUCCUGUUCUGCCGCCGUGCAGGAGCUCCUCGCUCGCGUCUGCGGCCUCCUCGACCCGGGUGCGGCUUUUGAUGACAAGAGCCGCGACGCCUUCAUCUCCAUGUUCAAGACACCCCUGUCCGCCCCGGUCAUCAAAGCCAUUGAGACCCUCGUGAAGCAAGUCAAGAAGAUGAAGACCAAGUCGGCGACGGCUAAGGGCAAGGCCGCUGCUCCCAAGUGCUCCACCGCCACUGAUGAUUAGUUCGGCUUGGUGGCCUUUGUGUUCGCGUCCGUGUGUGUCUCCGCAUCUUUGUAUCCCUAGGAAGUGCCCUGGCGGAAGGGAGCUGUCUACUGUCUGUGUGUUCAUCGCUCUUCGUUUGCAACUGUGCUUCAACUUUGCUUGGACCUUAAUGCUGCCUCGUUCUGCAC